CUCCUGUCAUGCACGCGAGGAGAAACCGGCAAAGAGGAGCGAAGAGGAGGAGGAAGAAGAGGGAGAAUAAAGGAGCAGGAGGAGGAGGAGGAAGAGCAGCAGCGAGAGGAAGCGAGAGCUCGAGACUCUCAACUCGACACAUAAACCGGCGGCAGCACCGGCAAACGACACAGCACCACCGGAGCGCGAGCGCCGUGCUGCAGGAGGACACACCGCGGUGUUGCUGCUGAGUAGCGCGCGACGGAGAGAGUGAGCAGGAAAAGAGAGAGAGAUGCCGCCGCGGACAGGGCUCGUGCUGCUCGUCGUGCUCGUGGUGUCGGCGCAUGAGCUGGAGCUCAACGAGUCGUUUUCUCCGAGGAGAGCGCGCUUCUCCGCCAGCAGCCCCUCCGAUGUGGCACGCUGCUUGAAUGGUGCCCUCCAAGUGGGCUGCGGUGCAUUCGCUUGUCUUGAAAAUUCUACAUGUGACACAGAUGGAAUGCAUGACAUCUGCAAGUCCUUUCUCUACAGCGCUGCUAAAUUUGACACUCAGGGCAAGGCCUUUGUGAAGGAGAGUCUGAAGUGUAUCGCCAAUGGCAUCACCUCCAAGGUCUUUCUUACAGUCCGGCGCUGUUCAACCUUCCAGAGAAUGAUCUCUGAGGUUCAGGAAGAGUGUUACAGCAAGCUGGACAUCUGCACGGUGGCCAAGUCAAAUCCAGAGGCCAUUGCAGAGGUGGCUCAACUGCCCAGUCACUUCCCAAACAGGUUUUAUGGGAAGCUGCUGCAGAGUUUGAUGGAGUGUGACGAAGAAACGGUAGACCUGGUGAGGGCGAAUCUGUUGACCCGGUUAGGGCCUGAGAUUGCCAUGCUCUUCCAGCUACUGCAGAACAAGCCCUGCCCGUCUGCUGCAGUACCCACCGGGGUGGAGACUCGUGGAAGUUGGUGGUUGUCUGUCAGUCCGCAGGCACACAAAACCCCACCCAAUCUACGCAACAGGGAUGCGGCCAAUCUCUUCAGCAAGAAACGCAACAUCGCUGACAGCUCUUAACCGCAGGCCGUUUCCUGGUCCAAACGUAGCUAUUGUGCACACAUACCCUAUCGCAAAACGAAAACACAAAACGAAACAUACGUGGUUCAACCUUAUCAAAAUGCAGGAAUACAUUUGUUCUUUGGAACUGGAAAAGGCAUGCACCUAUAUAAAACAGCUUUAAUGUCAAAAGUUUGUUUUAUCAGUUAAAACCCGUAUUUGAUCUAUGUUCUCAUAAACGACUACAUUUCAGAGGAAAAUUGUGGCUAGUUUAUCAUCAACCAAGCCUUUUCAUUUUUUAAGACUGAUCCAUGCACAGGUAAAGUCUCGUUUACAAGGUCAGUGUAGAAACUGUCAACCAUGAGGAUUAACCUAAUAUCCAGGCCAUUGUGUAGAGACUUCUUAGAUAAAUAUAAAUUAAAAAGAAAUUAUUUUCGUGAAAGUAUUUAAAGGAAAAAAAUAAUACCAUGAAUAUAGAUAACCAUUUAUAAUCAACAUAUCUUAAUGAGAUUACAAAGAAAAUGUGUGUAUAUAUACUGGAUCUAUUGUUAAUGUGAAAUAGUUGGCAUGUGCUAUAAAUAUGAGAGUGUACUAUUUAUUUAUUAACAGAUAUUUUACUAUUUUUAGCUGUUAAUCUUACAUUGCCACUAGCCUUUUUGUGAAAGCUCACCCACUGGGUGAGGGAUAUCUUUAAAAAAAAAAAAACUUUGUGCAGGAAUUCAUUUAAAGACCAAAAACUGAACUUCACUCCAGAUGCCAUAUCUCAUAGACCCUGAGUUUAGUUAGAUUAGGUGUCAGUGAGCCAUACGUAACUACACAGUCGAUUAGAGAUGCAAGGGGAGGGACCAUUAAGUAUCUUUAAAACAUCUUAUUUUUCUAAGAAAAAAGCUUUGUUUUAAUUCCUAGAUGUAAGUGGUUUUAUUGGAGCUUUUCAUAACUAAAAUAUUAUCUUCCUCUGCAAUUCUUGACACAUUGCAGCAGAAGACCCGUUCAGGAAGUUUCUCAAAUCACUAACCCUUGAGCGCAAUGUUAGUGUCACAUGACGUCACGUUUUCGACAACUUAUUGGACAGAUGAACAACUUGCUCCCUGGUGAAUAUGACAUACAGAGGUGGGUUCGAGCGCGCUGUUUAAACAGUGCUGCAAAGCAAAAUAAGAUGUCUAUUUAAUUAAGAAAAAAAGCCUUUUGAGUUAUUCAUAUUUAUUUUCCUACUAUAUUAUUUAAGUGUUUAUUUUAUUACGUUUCUGUGUAUAUUCUAGAUCGAUUCAGCUAGUGGUAGUUUACAGAUAUUCAUGUUCUUUGCUUUCUUUUUAUAAGUACAGUGACAUUGCUGAGUGCCCUUUUUUGGGGGCUAGCUUCGACUUCUGGGACCUUUCACACUAAUCUCUGUUGAGUUAACUGUAUAAGACCCAUGUAAUGACUCUGUGCUGGUCAUGGGGGAACACGUUGGUCACCUUCUCUGCAAGUGUUGUAUGGGACCACUAUAAAGAUUAAAAGAAAAAAAAACCUGAGAGCAUUGCCAUUUACUGUGUAUUUGUGCAGGGUCAACAAUAGACUGUUGUUUCGAAUAUAUUAUCAGCUUUAAAAAUUCUGCCUGUGUUAGCGGAAAUUGACAUCCAGUAUUUCAAACCAGUUACUUCAUAAGUAAUGGGUGGCCAAUGCAAUUCAUCCAUUUUACGGUAUACCAACACUUAGUAUAAACAGUUCAACUGGAACAGCCACUGCAGAGUGUUUUCUGGAGCCAUUCUUGACACUAUGCAAUAUAUAAUGUUUAUGAAAGGCCUAUUUCUCUCAGAGUGUUCACCCUUGGUGGAAGAGUAGAUAUCUCUUUUUUAAGUGCUUCAUGGAGAAGUGCAGAUAAACUAAGAAUGGGGAUAAUGUGAUGUGAAGCUAGUACUUGGCUGAAGAUGGCUUUAGGCCGAGGGCCAAAUCCAAUAAAACUGCCACAAAACCACUAUGGCCAUUUUUAUUCAAUAUCCCACCGCUGAUCAAACUACUGUAAUGUACUGAAAUGUCCAAUGUUCUUUUUGAAACGUUUAGCCUAGCCGUUAAAAAAAGGUGUACUGGUGCCAUUUUGGUUAUGUAUUGAUAGCAGUUUGGAAUUAGGCCCAAUAAUGCAUCGAAAGAAGACCGCAAAUUGAUCUGGGGGCAGAAAGCAGUGUUAAUUUUGCCAUCCAGUUUUCAUGUAAUUGUAGCCUCUAGACUGAAUACACUUGAUUUCUAACCAAUUUUUAUUCAAAUUUUAUUAAAUUCAAAAUUUAAUCAUUUUAGUUUAGUCACCAAUGCAAUUUUUUUUUCUUAAAAUGUUGGUGUUGAAAAGGUGGACGAUUCAGAUACAGGAACUGGUCCUUAGUAAGUAGUGACAGGAACUGGUCCUCACAAUGUUUAAUCCAAACAAGUGUUUAAUGGUGGGAUUUUGCACAUGAAAACUUCAGCUCUAGGGGAUUUGUAAGGCCUGCUUUCCCAGAAUUUUUAGAAAGAAAUAACUUAAUCUCAUUAUCUUAGUGACCAGUACACAAAAAUAAGUACAUCUGCCUUACAUUAGAUAAUACAGCCAAUGGCAUUUUAGUUAUGUCAUGUUUUGGACAUCAAAUCUGAAUGACUUUUAAUUUCUGUACCAUUUACGUUUUUAUUUAAUUUUGUUUUAUUGUCCUCAUCAAAUCAUGUUGACGAUGUAGAUAUUCUUCAUUAUUUUCGUCGACAAAAUUAACACUGGCAGAAUGACUGUUUUUCUUAAACCAAAUGAUGUGCAAAUUUAAAACUAACUCUCCAAACUAUGCAAUAAUCCCUAUUAAAGGUUUCAGAGUAAAAUCUGUUAUAAUGCCCUAAAUGAACACAGCAGCCGGUUGAGACUAGGGCUGGGCGAUAUGACUGAAUACUCAUAUUUCAGAAUGCCUAAGAUAAAUUACAAUAUACAAAAUGCUUUUUCAAUAAAAAUAAGAUUUUUUUUGGCAUUUCUCUGACUUAGCAAACUGGGCUGCACUGGAUUGUAUUGUUCGAGCUUCUGCAACAACCCAACCCAUUUCACCACAAAUGACCCAAACACUCUCUCUCUGGAAUUAAGUCGUGCACAGAUUCAAACAUGUUUUGCAGUUAAAAUAUGGUCAAAACUUAUUUUUUGUUUAUUUCUAAUAAUAUGAAACUAACAAUAUAUUGCCCAGCCCUAGCUGAGAAUUCUUUUUUUUUAAACCCAGCCCAACCCAAUCUCCUACCAUAUGAAAGGCAAUUUUAACUCCCCAGUAUUUUUCACUAUAACACAACGUCUUUCCCUGUUUCUUUUCUUAAAGUAAGGUAAAUUAAGUGGUUAAUUCAUGAUAAAUGUGGCUGAAGACACAAUAAGGUUUCUGUCUUUAUAUGCACUUUUCAUCUUUGAGGACCACUAUAAAAGGGCAUUGAAACAAUUAGAAAUCUUUUAUCUUGCGCAGGUUCAGCUCAACGUUUCAACAUGACAUUGAGCUAAAGGAAUAGAGAGACCAUUAUAGCUGUUGUAUACUUGAGUAGGCAGGGACAUAGUGUGAGUGUUUUUGGGAGCAAGGUCUCUACUACUCGUGUUUUUGUUCUGGGAUAAAGGGUGAUCUCUGUCUAUCAAACACCAAGGAUCAUGCUGUACCAAACAGUUGCUGCUAAACCUAUUUCUAACCCCACUGUGUUAUGUUUCAACAAUACUUUCUAAAAGAUGGUACCAUUCUUUUUUCUUUUUUUUUUUGCUGUUGUUGUUGCUGUAUGUGAUUUUUUCCCCCAGUUGUAUUGGCCUUGAGAGUACUGUGUCAUAUGUGUUGGGGGGAAGAAACUUCUCUCAAGGUCAGAAUUCUAAUGUUCAAUGCACAACAUCUGACCCUUCCAAUGCUGGUGGUGCCAUCUUUCACACAAAUUCAUGGAAAUAUUUCCACACAAUGGAUGGCCAAUACAUCUCCAAGAAACAAUUUGGGUCAUUGUCAAACUACUGUGUCUUUUGGCUCUUAAAUAUUUUAAAAAGUUCACUAAAAUCAUAUUUUCCAUGCACGCAUUUAUUCACCCUGUUAUGGUAUUUUGAUGAAAACACCUAGAGUUGACCUAGAGUUGCAAACCUUUGAAUCGUUGCAAACCUUUGAAAUGGUAACCUUGUUCUGUUUCAAACAAACAUUUUGAUUUUGUAAAAUUAUUUUAAUCACCUUGAUAUUUUGUCACAAAAGGGUGAACUGCUAAAGUUUUAACUCAGCUAAAUACAGCUCUGGAAAAAAAUUAAGAGACCACUUCAGUUUCUGGAUUUUUUUAUAGGUAUAUGUUUUGAGUAAAAUAAACAUUGUUGUUUUAUUCUAUGAACUACGGACAACGUUUCUCCCAAAUGUCAAAUAAAAAUCUUGUUAGAGCAUUUAGAGCUUUCAAACCUCAAAUAAUGCAAAGGAAACAAGUUCAUAUUCAUAAAAAUAUUUGGUGGAAUAACCCUGGUUUCAUGCAUCAUGUCAUGAUUUCCUCCACCAGUCUUACACACUGCUUUUGGAUACCUUUAUGUCACUCCUGAUGCAAAACAUUAAGCAGUACUUGUGAUCAUCCAUCUUCCUCUUGAUUAUAUUUCAAAGGUUUUCAAUUUGGUAAAAUCAAAGAAACUUAUCAUUUUUAAGUGGUCUCUUAUUUUUUGCCAGACCUUUAUGAAAACAAUAUAAUGAAUAUUAGGCAAAAUUAUUUUUACUAAAUACUAAACAUGGAGCAAGUAUCUUCAGUCAUUUAAAAAUAACACAGUUUGAAGGUUGUGAUGUCACUGAUGUCAAAGGUUACUUUAUCCCAAGUUUGAAGGUUAAGAUCCCUCUAUAUUUAUAAUAAUGUGUUCAAAAAAUGAUUGUUAUACUAUCUUUGCUACAACUAUGUUAUGGACACAAAAGGCACAUUAUAUUGAUAUUGACCCAUUUAGCAUAUUUUCUUUUAAAAUAAAAUAUGGCAAAAAGUGUGGAAAACAAUACUGCUCUUUAGGGCAUGUUCUGGCCAUCCUGAUUCCAAUCAUGUUGACUUGUUAUUUUAAUUUAAGGAAACACACACACAACCCUUAUUGUAUGAAGGGAUAUUGUGCACUUACACAUUUGAUCUUUUUGUUCCAUUUUAUUUUUGUUCUUGUGGAUUUUUGUGUUCUUUUUCUGUUUAAAAUUCAGUGUAGCCUACUACUUAGUUGUAUGUUAAUUCAGAUACAAAAAACUGAAAUUGUAAUGGAUUUUGUAAACUUUAGAGAAUGUAUAUUUUAUCAAAAGUCUGUAUUGGUGUGAAAGGCUGCCUGAGGCCCUGAAAAAGUUCAUUCCAGCCCUCUGGUCAUGUGGACUUGAAUAUCAUCGUGCCCUUAACUUAUCUGAAUUUGUGGUGGAAAAGAAAGACUGACUUUUUGUUGUGGAAAUUUCAUGUUAUAUUGCUGUUGUCUCAAUCAAUUCCUUAUUCAGACUUUGUUGUAGAACAGGAUAAUCUCAAUACACAGCAAGUUCCUAAUAGUUAUUCCCAAUAUCACUUAAGGAACUAUGAUGUAAUUAUGUUAUUUGAGAACCACAGUUUGCUAAAUGCAGCUCAAUAACAUUUUAAGAUGAACUAUUUUGAAGGUUAGUUUGAAUGAAUUUGAAUGUGAACCCAUAUGCAAUUGUUUAUUUCGAAAAUGAGCUAUGAUUAGAAAGAAGGUGCAAUACAGUUGAGUUCAUAUGUUGCCAGAUAUUCACCAGAUUUAAAAACUGGUGUCAUUUAUUUCCUCUAAAAUCCAGGGCACUGAGGUCAGAAAGACUUGGCUUAGUCAGCCAUUAAACUGAAUGGUACUUAUCAAAACUUGAAAUCACUUAUAUCUCUUACAUUCUUGUCAUUGAAUAUUUUCACUUGGGUAAAAACCUGUCAUACUAUAUUUUUUUCCUUUUCCUUUUGUUUUUUAUGGCAUUUAUUUUGCCCGGUAGCUAACAGGAUAAUAUCAAACUAGGCAGGUAUAUUUGUUUUGCAAGGCAUUCUAUGGAUUCUUUGUUCUGACGUUCCUAAUGUUUCGCAUGAACUUUGUGAUUGAUUUGCACUUUAUUAUAUACCCAUAUGCAUAUAUACACCCAUGUAUAUGUGUAGGGUUUCUCUGUGCUUACAGGUAAAGAAAGAUACAAAUGCAUCAACUCUGUGUCUUUUACUGUGUAGAAAUAAACUAUGAUCAUAUCA